CAAACUUUAUUAUGCUCCUCUAUUCGACUCUAUACAUACACACAUACCGCAUGCCCCAUGCCUUGUCCACCCUUAAAUAGCUGACCAUUUGUAGUGAAGUUGGUUUGUUACAGACCCACUGCAUCGAUUUUAAAAGCGUUAACAUGUGCUAAAGUUUCUUGUACCCAGAAUUUGGCUGGCACCAGCGACGUUGCAUUUCUCUUACCUACUGUGUGAAUAUACUUUUGAAUUUCUUAGGGUCGUAAAACGGCCCUUAGCCAAAUAAGCAUGCCGUUGUUUGUGUUAAUUUAGUUUUAACAUAAAGCAGUUAGUCGUUGGUGGACAUUGUAGCCGCUGACACGCACCCACUUUUUGCGGUAGUUGGACAAACAGGUGGAUAAAGUAUGAAUUUUGGUGUUGUGCAAGAAGCUUUAAGAUUUUUUAUACAAUAAAAUUCGUUAAAACAGGUGUGAUAGAGAUUUUAAAAGAUAUACAUCUUUGAAAUAAUUUAGAAGUAGGAAGUUUAAAGUAAAUUUGCAGAAAACAUGAUUCUGUAGUUUUAAAUGGACUCGUAAGAUUUGGUUUGGAGUAUUUUUAACGGUCGAUAUCUUUAAAAUAUUUGGUUCAAGUAAAUUUACUUUGUGAGCUGUAAGAGUGUUAUGAAAUGCACGGACCAUAUAUCUUUGAGUUGCAGUGCAGAUCCCCUUUUGUUAUCUACCUUUUGUGAAAACAUUCACUAUUUCAAUAAUGCAGCGAAGAACGCCAUUGCAAGGCUACAUCUAAGGCACUCGCUGCUCAAACUAAAACAUGCUGCUAGACUUAAAACACUUAUUAAAUAAAAAAAGAACAGCUGAGACUACACCUAUGAGAAAAUACCGUUAGCAACCGCUAGCUAGCGACCAACAACAGUUUAUGUUCAAAUUCACCGGCAAAACAAAAAAGAAACAAAUGUUUAUACCUAUUUACAUACAUACAUACAUUAAUGAAGUUCAAAGGGGAGCAGAGCAGUGUGACCCCAAAUUCUACUAACCAUUGUUGUCAACACAAACAUAUGAAAAAAUUUUCCAGCCUUUUCAAGCACAAGGUUGCGAUUACUAAUGAGAACAAAUAUAGUUCAGUUAUUUAAUAUCUUUAACUGAGUUUUAAAAUAUGUUUCGUAAGGGAUUUUUUGUUAAAAUAGAAAUUCAAUUGCAUGCGGUAAGUGGAAUAGUUAGUAAGAACAUAACGAUUAUAAUUAUUUGUGGAAAAGCUUAUUAUCUAUUUUUAAAAUUACUCACCCAGGUGACGUGUCCUGGCGUUUGGCUUUGUACGCAUGGUUAUCUAGAAGUGACCAUCAAAACAUUGGGCUACUUCUUCCGUACGGGCGCGAUGGAACCACGUUUUCCCCUACUUUGCCAUGACAAAUUUAGCAUGGAAGGCUACUUUAAGUCCGUCGGGUCACUAAGCGACCUAGAACGCGUGCUAUCCGCCGAACAAAUAGAGAUAACACUGUGGCAAAAUGGACGGCGCAUGGCUUACUUCUCGGGGAAGCUGGCCGACGUAAUGCAUUCGGAUAUACCUAAACUGACUUGUGAGCAUAAUAUAAAUGUGCAGUUGCUGAUGAAGGCGACACCUGCAUUUCCGGGAAUAAUUGCACCAAAAGUAGAACUAAGCGCUCAUGUAGGUGUAAAGGACCGUUUAUCACUUUCCACAGAGUUGAGCCAACGCGUAGGAAAAGCUUGUGGUAACUCAGGUUUACGUGAAUUGGAGUUUGAAGCUACACGGGUGCCUAAUCGCCAUUGUCAGCAGCAAACCUCGCCAGCUGGGAGCUGUUUCAGUUACUUGGAGGGGCGAAGGCGUCAAAGGCCCGUCUGUCAUACCAAGACAAGCUGUGGUAGCGGGUUUACGAGAGAUAACUCAGCAGUUCCAUGCUCAAAUGCUUUGAAUUCGUUCGAUAUGGAAGCAGUUGCAACUAAAAAUGGUGCACGUCGUCUAUCAGCCGAUUCAAGUAAUUUCAGUAAUAGUUCUUAUAACCUUAGCCAAAUGACGCGUAUGAGCAGCCCCAGUCAUCGUAGUCACUCUGUUUGUACGAUUGCUUCUAUAACAGCUGCUGAUGAGCAUCAGCGUGAAUGUCACAUUUGCCAAUGCUAUCGGAAAGUUUUCUCAUAACUCAACUUUAUCAGUUUACAGCAAGUUUACAGUAUCUCAUAAUAGAUAAUAAAUAUGAUCGUAUAG